CGCGUCCUUGCCGCACCCACGUCUGGCUUCUCUGUAUGGCUCCGACGGCCACGUCGCGGCGGCGGCACGCCGCGGCCUACGACAAUGAGGACUUUUCCGCGCCUCCAAAUGCCCGGCCAAACGGCGCCGAGGGCACCGCAGCACCGCUGAAGAUCGCUGUGAUCGGCUCGGGCCUCUCUGGCCUCGUCGCGGCGCACCUUCUGGCCCAAUCGCGCGCCGAGGGCGUCGAGGUGCACCUCUUUGAGCGCGCAAAGAAGCUCGGCAUGGACGCAAACUCCAUCAGCGUGGAUGGUGGGAAGACGGGCAAGAGCGUGCGCGUCGAUGUGCCGAUGCGCAGCUUCAAUGCUGGCUACUACCCGCAAGUGCUGCGCCUGUACCGCCAGCUCAAGAUCCCAAUCCGGCAGUCCGACUUCACCUACUCGUUCGCGACGCUGGUGUCUGGGGCCAACAGCAGCGCCAACGAGCGCGCAAGCAGCGCUCGAGCGCCUUCGCCCGACUUCAUCUACAACGGCGCCUCUGGCGUGCGAGGCUUCGGCGUGCCGUCCAGCCUGGCGCUGCAGCUGCCGCCAGCCAAGGCGCUCCUGUCGCCCGGCACCGCCGCACACGUCGUCGGCACGACGCUGCCGCAGCAUCUCUCGGCGAUGCGCAGCUACCUCGGCUCCAUCCUGGCCUUUACCGUGUCAUAUCUGUACCUCGUCGCGCUGGCGCUCUGGCACCAUCACAUGGGCCACACUCGCGACCCGAGGCAUCCCAUCGCUAAGCGAAAGCUGGCGGAAUGGUGCGAGGAGAAGGGCCUGAGUGACGCGUUCGUGGAACGCACACUUGUCACGCUCUUCAGCGCCGUCAUGACUGCGCAGGCGACGAGUGUGCGCGAGGCGCCGGUGGCGGAAGUGCUCGACUAUUGCGCGCAGACGUUCCUGCGCUCGCACUACACGGUCGCCACGGGCGUGCACGAGGUGGAAGGCGCACUCUCGCGAGAUCUGCCCGACUCUUCGAUCCAUGUGUCCGCCGCAGUGCAGGGCAUUCAUCCAUCCAGCACCUUCGCAGGUGCAGCAUGCCUCAUCGUCGGCACGCCAGAUGGCGAGACGCGGCUGCACGACGGCUUCCACCACGUCAUCUUUGCGACGCAGGCCAACCAGACGGCACGCUUCCUCGAGGGCUACAUGGAUGCACUGAAAGCGGCAGAGCGCCUGCGCGGCCUCAAGGGCGCCAGCGUGCAGUGCGAGAAGCUGGCGCGCAUCCGCGAUAAGCUCGACACAUUCACCUACGAGGAAUCAGUCGUUGUCAACCACACGGACCGCAGCGUGCUGCCGCCGGCCGAGAGUGACUGGCGCGACCUGAACCUCGUCUCGCCCAAGCUCGGACAAGCAUCCAGCAGUCGCACUUCGCAGCUGCGGCACCGCUCGCGCGACGAGGCCGCCGCGUCCGAGACGCAGACGAUGGCGACGCACAUCCUGGCGCGGCAGUUGCCGUCCAGCGCGACGCCUGCCGCUGCCUCGGCCCGCUCGCUGCUGCUGCAAACGACGAAUCCGCUGCCGAGCCUCAGUCCUUCGCAGGAGCACGUCCUCUCCGUGAGCCGCUUCGAGCGAGUCAUCCUCACGCGCGGGUCCAAGGCUGCCACGACGGGCCUCUACGACUGGCGAGAAGGCGCCGCACGUUCUGCGGCCCCAGCCAGCGUGGACGAAGCACGGCGGCGCGGGCCGUUGCGACGACUGGCCACGGCGCUGGCGCAGAGACUGUGGCGCCGCGUCGUGCCCAGCUCGCGCUGGCACCUCGAGCUCGGCACGCUGCAGGGCUGCGCGGAUGAGCGCUUCCCUCAGAUGUGGAUGUGCGGCUCGUGGUCGCCGGGCAUCCCCUUGCUUGAGGGCUGCGUCGCCAGCGCCCGCCUCGUUGUGGACGAGAUUCUAGACCGGGAGGGGCGCCCUCCAAUUCCCGCCUAGCUGCGCAGAUGCUCGCCUGUGCCCUCCACCUGCCUCCUCUAAUACAGCAGCUCUCUCGCCUC